CAAGGUGAUGGCCGCUCGCGCUGCUCCGUGCGGGGUGUUUGAUUUUUUCCUCCGCCACAGUGGUUAAAUCAAACCAUCAGUAUUUACUGUAGUUUUCUUUGGAAGCCGCUAUAAGAGGGAGGGGGCCCGUUGCUACCGCCAGCCGACACCGCGCUAGAAGAAGCAGCUCCGGAAUCCUCUCCUAUGGAUACUCCCGAAAGCCCUACCCAGUCUCCUCAGUCUCCUGAAGAAGAGGAGAAGGGUUUCUCCAACAGCGACUUGCUGCAGUCUCCCGGCGAAGAUGCAGACGGGGUAAUCUCCGACAGUGAGCUACUUCAAGAGGACGAACACGAAAGCUUGGGCGAAGAAGAUGAAGAGCAAGAGUUGGCCGUGGAAAACCAAGGAAGAGAUUCCGAAUUGGGGGACGAGGUGGUCCCCGACUUUGUGUCCGAUCCAGAGGAUGAGGGAACCGUCGGAGACGCGGGAGGGAUGGCACAAGAGGACGAGACCAUCGUCCUGAUGGAAGGAGAUGAAGACGGCUCACAGGGGGAGCAGCUAGACGAGGAGGAGGACAGAGUUAUCGACACUCCACAGUCUCCAGACUCAGAGCCGGAGCAGAGCAGGAGCCACGCCGAGCGCGAUGGAGAAGACGGAGAGGAAGAAUACGACUAUAGGAAUGACAUUUCAGCAGAGCGCGAGCCCGCUGAGGUAGACGAGGAUGAAGAGGAGGAGGAGGAAGAUAAAAGCCGAGCCGAGGAGGAAGAACGGAGGAGAGCUGAAGAGAGGAGGAGAGCCGCGGUGGCGAGGGAGAUGAAGGACGACUCGGCCUCGGUUUCUCGCGAGCUGGACGAGCACGAGCUGGAUUACGACGAGGAGGUCCCGGAAGAGCGCAGCAUCCCCGCACACGAGGACGAGGAGGAUGAAGAAGAAGCAAAGGGAGAGGGAGAAGAGGAGGAGGAGGAGCAGAGGGAAGAGAAGAGCAGCAAGAAAAGGGAGAAGAAGCCCAUUCUCCCACCGUCUCCACCAGGAGGGGAGAGCAGGAGGAACGACGACUCCAGGGGGCCAGAGAGAAUACGCAGAGAUUCCUUCAGAGACAAGAAGAAGGAGGAAGACGAUGGAGAGAUCGAUGAAGGAGAGAUUGAUGAUGACGACCUGGAGGAGGGGGAGGUCAAAGAUCCCACGGACAGAAAGAUCAGACCCCGUCCCAUCUGUAGGUUCUUCAUCAAAGGAAAUUGCACAUGGGGCAUGAACUGCAGGUUCAUCCACCCCGGCGUUAACGACAAAGGUAACUACUCCCUCAUCACUAAGCCGGACCCCUUCUCCCCUAACGGAGCUCCUCCAGGAGGACCACACCCACUCAUACCCAACAACCCUUGGGCCGGUCCUGCGGUGGAGGAGAUCCCCCCACCCCCUCCUCCGGCGGAGCCUCCAGUAGAGAGUGCUUGGGAGAGAGGACUGAGGCACGCCAAAGAGGUGCUGAAAAAGGCGACAAUCAGGAAGGAGCAGGAGCCCGACUUCGAGGAAAAGAGAUUCAAUGUGACGAUUGGGGAGGACGAAAGAGAAUUUGACAAAGAGAAUGAGUUCUUCAGAGAACGCAGCUAUCGCAUCAUCAGAGAUGAAAUGGAGUUCAGGGAUCCCGUAUACGGAGAGCCCUACGCUGCUGCUGCUGCUGCUGCUGCUGCUGCUGCUGGUGACCCGUACUACGACUAUGAGAUGGAGGCCUUAUGGCGGGGGGGGCAGUACGAAAACUUCAGAGUGGAGUACACAGAACCUCCUCUUCCUUACCACUACAACGAGCGUGAGCGGGACCUGCGGGAGCGCCACCGGGACAGAGAGCGGGAGAGAGACCACCGAGAGAGGGAGCGCCGGCAGCGGGAGCGGGAGAGGGAGAGAGAGCGGGAGCGCGAGAAGGAGAGGAUGCGGAGGAAAGAGGAGUGGGAGAGGGACCGGAUGAAGCGGGACGACAAGGACCGGCCCAGGAUCCGUCCUCUCCGAGAGGCCAGAGAGAAGAAGGACGAGGACAAAGUGAAGCCACGCUCCCCCCUCAACAUGCCACCCAACAGGCCCAUGGAGCCGCCCCAGAAGAAAGAUGCCCUUCCAAUGAUGAGGCGGCCGGACGAGUGGAAAGAUCCAUGGCGUCGGUCUAAAUCUCCCCGGAGACGGCCCGUGCUGGGCUCCCCUCCCCGAGGCCGGCGGCGGCAUCACCACCCCUCCGCCUCGUCAGUGUCUCUGUCCAACUCCUCCAGGUCUUCGUCUCGCUCUUCAUCCUACACCGGUUCUGGGUCGUCUCGCUCCCGCAGCCGCUCCUCCUCCUUCAGCUCGUAUUCCAGCCACUCUUCCCAGCACAGCUCCUUCAGCGGCAGCCGCUCCAGAUCGGGAUCAUUUUCCACAUCCCCCUCAGCGAGUCCAGCAGUACCAAGGAAUGCCAAGAACAAGGCAGAUUUUCCUCCAGUGUCAGCGAAAAGCAUGCCGCCAAAGCCGGGUGCUGCGCCCCCUCCUCGUAGGGACAAGCCUCCCCUGAAGAAAGCUCCCGGUUCCCCCCCGCCCGGUGGAGCUCAGAGCAGACCCCCCAAGCCCCCGACAGAGGGAGGUAAACCCCCCGCCGGUCUCAGGGAAGCAGGAGGAGCCGCCGGCCCCGUAGGAGCUGCUGGAGCCGGCAGACCCCCGCCCCCACGGGAACCUGGGAGACCCCCAAACCCCCGAGAGGGCAGGCAGAGAGAACGACAGCAGCACCCGCCACGCAGGCGAACUGUGAGUGGGAGUGUGAGUGGAAGUGCCAGCAGUUACACCGGCUCUAGCUCCAGAUCCCGGUCCUCGUCCAACUCCCUUUCACGCUCACGCUCUGGAUCCAGAAAACUGAGGAAAUCCAGGUCACUGAGUGUGAGCAGCGUGUCGUCGGUGUCGUCGGCGUCGUCCAGCAGCAGCUCGGUGCGCAGCGCCGACUCGGAGGACAUGUACGCCGACCUGGCCAGCCCCGUGUCCUCCGCCAGCUCCCGCUCCCCCAUACCUAACCAGCCCCGCAAAGAGCGCAGGCCGGCCCGGGACCGCUCCCCGCCCGGGAGAGACCGGACCAGAGGUCCCAACAGAGAAAGACCAUCAAAGAAAGACGAGCCUUUCAGGGAUGAGCGCAGGAAAGCGGAUCAGUCCGGUGUCCCGCCCAGAGGCAACGCCAUGCCCCGGUCCGGACCGGGCAACAGGGGGGGUCACCCUGCACACCCUCCCCCCGGCCUCAUGCUCCCGCCCGCUGGUUACGGAGGCUCCGGUUCCCACAAAGACAUCAAACUCACCCUCCUCAACAAGCAGCAGGCAGAUAAAGGCAGCAGGAAGAGGUACCUGCCGUCAGACAAGGACCGGCCCGGCUCCCCCGCCAACAAGAGGAUGGCCCUGUCUCCAGACCGAGGUCGCGAUAAAAGGAUUCCUGGCCGACCCCCGAUCUCCCCCCGAAUGGAGCGGCCCAGGGGCCAGGGGCCCCGGGCCCUGCCCCCCCAAGGAGACAGGAAACGGCCUCUGUCUCCAGCACCAAAGUCCUCGGGGAAAGGCCCCGCCCCGCCGUCGAGCAAGCAGCCCCCCCCGGCCUCGUCCUCGGCCCCGGCCGCCGGCUCGGCCAGCAAGCCCAGCAACACGCUGUCCCGGCGCGAGGAGCUGCUGAAGCAGCUGAAGGCCGUGGAGGACGCCAUCGCCCGCAAGAGAGCCAAGAUCCCCGCCAAGUAACGGGGGGAGCCAGCAGUCCGCAGGAAACACACCGGCAGGAGAGGUCUAGGGUUCACGCAUAACGGCUGUUGUGGUGAGUAAACGGGAAGAUGAUGCCACGAGAAAAGCAUCUUGCGUUCCUCAGACGAGAUGAACUGUAUUUAAGGCUCCGGUUGAGUGAGCAGGAGAGACUCGUGGGCGGAGAGUCAGAACACGGGGAUGGAAACCUGCACUUCAUCCCCGGCUGGAAGCAUCUUCCUCAUGUGUGACAGACAGCAGAUUCUAAACUUUGUCUUUUCUCUGCCCUCUUUUAUCUUCUUCCUCUCAACUUUUCCUUUGUUUCCCGUAUCCGGAGCUCCGAUUGUCGGCUCAGCCCUGCAGGGCAAUCGGAACACUUCUGUAAAUCUACAAGCAUCAACGUCGGGCCACUUUCACGAUCAUCCGUGUUCAGUAUUUAAGGGCGGCAUUUGCCUUUAUUCAUUGUACUAUAAUACCAACUCAUCAGAUUCCUUCAGUCCUAUGGUUAUAGACAACAGUGAUGUGAAUUAUUUCUUUUUUAACUUCAUUUUUUUUUCUUCUUAGCUCUUAAGUGUGUUUUGUUGUCACAUUUUUAGUUGGAGGAGUAGGAGGGGUUGAAUGGGGACAUGUAGACAAGCAUUGUCUUGCUUUUGUGUGACAAAAGCCUUCUAAAUAAACUAUUUUGA